UUAUGUCUGUUGGCGAGCCGGAAGUGUCCGUUUCUCCAGCGUGAAACCAAAGCAGUCGCAGAUUUUAGCAUAAACGCAGAUGAAGUUGUUGACAAAUAAACUCAACGGGACGAAGCAAAAGCAGCAGGUAUUUCAGCAGGAAGCGUUAAGAAGAAAAGAGACAUCUGUGGCAAAUCUUUGUCUUGUAAGUCUUAGUCUGCUACACUUGAAUGGACGCGGUGCCCACAGGUACACAGUAAGACCAAACCAACUCACCCGAACCUCAAUUAUGCCCGUGAAAAAGAAAAGAAAGUCGUCCGGAUCCGAGGACCCCAGCAUCAGAAAGUGCAAAAUCACCAGUUACUGUAGGACGCAAACUCCAGGACGGCUGCUUAACCCAGAUGACCAGUUCUCUAGCAAGAAAUGUCUCGCCUGGUUUUAUGAAUAUGCAGGUUCAGAUGACAUUGUCGGACCAGAGAGCAUGGAGAAGUUCUGUGAGGACAUCGGAGUGGAGCCAGAAAAUAUUGUAAUGUUAGUUUUAGCCUGGAAACUUGAAGCAACAAAUAUGGGAUUUUUCACAAAAGAAGAGUGGCUGAAAGGAAUGACGUCACUACGUUGCGACUGCACAGAGAGAUUACAGGGCAAACUGGAUUAUAUGCGCUCUCAGCUGAAUGACCCGGUUAUAUUCAAGAACAUUUACAGAUACGCCUUCGACUUCGCCAGGGAUAAAGAUCAGCGCAGUCUUGAUAUGGACACUGCAAAAUCCAUGUUGGCACUUCUCCUCGGAAGGACGUGGCCUCUGUUCCCAGUUUUCCACCAAUUUCUGGAGCAAUCAAAGUAUAAAGUCAUGAAUAAAGACCAGUGGUACAACGUCCUAGAGUUUAGCCGUACGGUUAACACAGACCUGAGCAACUAUGAUGAAGACGGAGCCUGGCCAGUGAUGCUGGAUGAGUUUGUGGAGUGGAAUAAAGCCAGAAAUGCAUUAUAGCGCAAGCAGACGUUUUUGUUGUUUUUGGCUGUGCCCCAGACGAUGGCAUACGUCUCGAGGACUGCUUCAACAUGUCCCACAUCACUACCCAGAGACUCUUACGGUCUUGCUUUAAAAGGAAACUGCACAGAGGAAUCACAAGACGAAAGAGGAAAUAUUUUUCUUAUGUAUUGAAUUUGUUGCAGCAGUUCUAUUGCCAGUGUUGUAUGAAUUUUCUUAGAGGGAAACGGUCUGUUUGUAAUUUC